GAUCUAGACCGUGUUUGAUGAUAACAUUUAUGAUUAACGUCUAAUCGCAUAGGCAUCAGUAUCAGUUUUUUUUUGGUUGAAUAUAAAUAGAUGCUCGCUAAAAAUAUCUGUAUGGUCUGGUCGUCCAAAAUGACCGCGUUUCGCUUCUCUUGCACCAUUGGGUCUGCUGCUUGGUGACUUAUCUUCUGCGCCGUUAUAUUUCGUCGAGGCAACUCGCUUUGCAAACCUCUGUCGCUACUUCUGGGUCAACGAACAGCUCACUACGCGAUCAUCAUGCCUAGCUUCCGUGCUGCUUAUCACGUGAGAACACGACGCUCUUCGACCGCAGAGACGCCUCAUCUGGCGCCCCAAAUAGAAAUGGGUAUUGAUCCUUGCUGUGUGCUCGGCAUUGAUCCGUAAGAAUAGUAUUUGAGUUGUGAGGACUGAAUUUCUUUAUCAUACGGGUGGUGGUACCGAGCUGCGUCUUCUAGGACGUCGUGCCGGGUGGAGGUACAGUUUCGUGGUCUCUUUCCAUCUGCAAGAUAAGAGAUGGGGUCCUCCGGUUUUAGUCUAGUUGGCGCACCCUGGUGGCGUCGAAACCCGUGGACAGUUGCUUUGCAGUGGUGCAUUGGGCAGGACCCGUGGCCGGCAACACAAUUGGACCUUGGGUCGGUGCUCUGGUUUCAGCUGUGGUGGCUUCUUGCUUUGGUAGUGUCGCUUGGAGUGGUUUGUCUCGUCUGCAAGUGGGCAUUAGUGGGCCACGGAGUCCGCCAUCCCGUCCUAGAGGAUGUGGACGAGGAUGGAGGAGCCCAUCGCGGCAGUCACAGCGGUUCGGAGUACGGAGGUGGAGACGACUUUAUGGCGGGGCUAGCGUCGUCACCUGGCAGUAGGACGUCUCGGCGGGAC